CGCUGACCGUCUGGCUCAAACAGGACUUUAAAGAAAGCAAGAAAUUGACACAGGCAAAGCCUCUCGCUUAUCUUAACACUGACAAAAUGAAAGCAAUAAGCCCCGUGCGGUCCUUCCGGAAAAACAACGCGAAUUUCUCAGAGCACUCCUUGGGAAUCUCUCGGAGCAAGACCCCGGUGGAUGACCCGCUCAGCCUGCUGUACAACAUGAACGACUGCUACUCCAAGCUGAAGGAGCUGGUGCCCAGCAUCCCCCAGAACAAGAACGUCAGCAAGAUGGAAAUCCUGCAGCAUGUCAUCGACUACAUCCUGGACCUGCAGAUUGCGCUGGACUCCAGUGUCGCACUAACCAGCCUGCAUCACCCAGCGCGGCCGGGGCAGGCUCCAUCCAGGACCCCCCUGACCACCCUCAACACAGAUAUCAGCAUCUUGUCAUUACAGUCCCCGGAGUUGCCAUCAGAGCUGAUGACAGAUGACAGCCGGACCCUGCAUCGUUAAAGCGGUGUUUGGUCAAGACGCAAAAACACACGCAGGACCUGGGGAGCAGGACUUCCCCCCACCCUCCAGCCUCCCGUCCUCCUCCUCCUCCUCCUCCCCACCACUCCAACCUCUGUCCUCCAGGCCUGGAUUUUUUUUUCUUUUUUUUUUUUUUUUCUUCUGACGCUGAAAUCAAGAGACUUUUGCUUAUUAUGGGACAAUCUUAUGUGAUGUGUUUUCUGUUUGGACACUUCAUUAUUAUUUAACUUAAGACUUUUUAUUUGUGGGUCCUUUCUGGAAAUGGAAGGCGCGUUAUAUUCCCGAGAGUGGGAGGAAAAACGAGAUUAUUGUCACAAGGAUUACCCCCACCCCCCACCUCUCCUCCCCUCCUCUCACCCCUUGUCCCUCUCCUUGUUGAAGUCUUCGCUUUUUUUGCGGAGGUGGGAACGUGAAUAGAAAAGACAACUUGGUUAGUUACUGUACAAAAAAAAAAAAAAAAGAAAAAAGUUUAGUCUUGUCUUGUCAGAAUUUUGGCACAUGAAGGACUGGACGUUGUGUAAAAAAAAAAAUGAAAGAAAAAAGUUAAAAUGAAAGAAUGAAACCUUGUGAACUCUUAUCGGGAGUUUAUC